UGUGUGUGUGUGUGUGUGUGUGUGUGUGAGAGAAGCAGAAUAAUGGCCGAACGGGCGGUGACAGUGAGCGACUCAGGGUUGGUUCAGAGAGUGAUGUCUGUUGUCAGCAGUGUGGGGGGCUACAUGGACCCCACCCUCAGGUGGUUCUGGAUCCCCAGCUGGCUGCCGUCAUGGUGUCCCACCUCUAGCCUCCAGCUCCAGGCUGCAGAGGACAGGAUGCUGCUAUUUGUAGAAAGCACUUUCUCCAAACAAUACAUCCCCAUCGCUAACGGCAACCAGCUGUGGACUCUGACGUUUUGCAGUGACCGUGUCAAAGACAGAACCCCCAUGGUUCUGCUUCAUGGGUUCGGAGGAGGCGUGGGCCUCUGGGCUCAGAACCUGGAUGCUCUGUCCCAGCGCCGGCCCAUCUGGGCCGUGGACCUGCUGGGCUUCGGACGGAGCAGCCGGCCGCGCUUCUGCACAGACGCCCAGGGGGCAGAGGACCAGUUUGUGGAGUCUAUAGAGCAGUGGAGGGCUGAAGUGGGUCUGGACUCCAUGAUCCUGCUGGGACACAACCUGGGAGGAUACCUGGCUGCGUCUUACGCCAUCAGAUACCCCAGCAGAGUGAAGUACAUGGUUCUGGUGGAGCCCUGGGGUUUUCCUGAGCCCCCGGACACAGCAGAGGCCGACCGGCCCAUCCCUCUGUGGAUCAAAGCCCUGGGGGCCAUGUUCACGCCCUUCAACCCUCUGGCGGCCCUGAGACUGGUGGGGCCCCUCGGGCCCAUGCUGGUCCAGACCCUGAGACCCGACUUCAAGAGGAAGUUCUGCUCCAUGUUCAGUGACAACACUGCGUCUGAGUACAUCUACCACUUGAAUGUGCAACCCCCCAGUGGGGAAACAGCUUUUAAGAAUAUGACCAACUCCUUUGGCUGGGCUACCAGACCCAUGCUGCAGAGGAUGGACCAGCUUCAGCCCGAGAUCCCCGUGGCCCUCAUCUACGGGUCCCGCUCCAGCAUCGACAGCAGCGCGGCCAGCAGCAUCAGGGAGAGCAGACCGCACUCUGAUGUAGUCAUCACAACGAUCCGCGGAGCCGGACACUACGUGUACGCGGACCAGCCCGAGGACUUCAACCUCGCCGUGCUGCAGCUGUGUGACCACGUGGACUGAAGCUGAACUUAGCAGCCGUGUACAGGGUAUUUUUUAUAUCUUGUGUGAAUACGUAGACGAAAUACAGUAAGACUCAAUAUAAAAGUAAAGUCCCUUCUUAUAUUACAACAAUGUAAUAUUUAGUCACAUCUUAAAUGAUAUCAAAGUGAAACAGAAUCAAUGUCCCUUUGUUCAGAUGGCUCAGUCCAGUGUCAGGUGUCAGGUGUUUCCUGUCAUUGCUGAACCUGGGGUCUGUGGGUUCCCGUCUGGUUCUGAUCCAGACAGGAAGUGGACUCUUUAGUACAUCACUGCAUCAGCACCAGGAAGCAGCGAGACAAGUCUCUGCAGUCAUUACUAAUCUCUUUAAUAACGUCUCUCCUCUCUGCUUGUUUUUUGCUUUUCUUUUGUAAUUUCAAAGUUGAUUUCAUUUGCUUUUAUUAUGAAUGUGAAGCCAGACCAUACCUGUUA